CAAAAUUUGACUCUUAAAAUUUAAAAACAAAGUAAAUCUCAAAAAAUUAAAUACACUUCAAGAAACCUUUACAAUAACUUAAUAUUAAAUCAACAAAAUCUUUAAAAGUAAUUUAGACAAAUAUAGCUUAAGUAUUAUUUAGAUUUUAGGGUUAUGAAAUAAACAGCUAAAUUUGCUUAGCAGCAAUAAUCAUCUCGCACAGAAUAGUCUGAUGCAGAUCCAAUUAGAAAGAGAUUUGAAUUAUAUGACUCUCUGUUUUCUAAAUUUGAAGAAAAGAUAAGUAAAAUUGAAGCAGCCACUAAAAGGAAGCCAAGCCUUUAAUAAACACCUUCAAACUCAAAAAAUUCUCCCUCUAGAACUAAUAUUACAGAUGAGAAAAGCCCAACAAAUGGAAACUUAUUAAAUACAAGCAAUUUAGUUUAAAAUAUAAAGAAAUUUGAAGAUAAAAUGCUUGAUUUAAAAAUACAAUUUGAGAAAAAAUUUUUAAGUUAAGAAGAAAAAUUUAAGGCAAUCAUGAAUAGGUUGGAAAAGUAUGAAGCCAUAUAAGGAAAAUUAGACCAGGAGAUUUAGCUAAUUUAAGUUAAUUGCAACAAUAUGAUCUAGAAUAUUUAGAAUUUAGACGAUAAAAUAUCUAUUUAGGAACCAAUGAUAAAGUCUUUAAAGCUUAAUGGGUCUAUUGCUGGCUUGUAAUUACAUAACCCAAGUUAACAUUUUUCAGAAUAAAUAGCAUCAGAAAUCAACUCGUUGUAUAGUAUUGUAAAGAAAUGUAAUUCGAAUUUCAAUAAUUUGAAUUCUUAAGUUUCCUAAAUAAAAAAAUAGCUUGAUAGUCAGCCCUUUGCAAGUUAGGUGAAUGGAAAUACUCCUACACAAAAUAAAAAAAUGAGCAGAUUAACUGGUUAAGGAGGAGCAGAUGAAAACGAAAAACCUUUGCCAACAUUUUAAGAUACUAAUAGAAAAUUUUUUGUAGAUUAAAGUUCAAGUAAAAAAUUAGGAGAAAAACUUAUGCAGUAGGAAGAGAGCUAAGAAAAGCAUCUAAUAUCCUAUAAUAACUCUCCAAAUUUUGCUUCAUCAAAUACUUCUCCUUUAAAUAAAAAAUAAUAACCUUUAUAAAUAUAAACACAAAACAAUAAUGCACAACAAACUUUACCUUUAUCUCAAAAAUUUUUGAAUUCAUAGCCAAAGACACCUUAAUAAUAGCAAAUUCCUUAAUCUCAACGACUUUCAUCAAACCAUGGAAGUGAGUAAAUAAAUAAUAGUAUGGCUAAUUCAAGCAGUUAUAAUAUUUAGUAGCAGUAGUUAUUGAAUGGAAAUAAAAAAUCUUAAAGUAAGCUGUAUUCAAUUUAAUAAUCUUCUUCAUCAUCUUCUUCUUAGACUUAACCAUCUAACGCUUUACUUAAUAAUUCAACUUGCAUUUCAUCUAUAAAAAAAAAUCUUAAUGAAGAAUUCGAAUCUAAGAGAUCUGGAAGAAGUAACUCAAUGCAUGAAAAUAUUUUUGCAUCAAAUGGAUAGAAAAAUAUAGAGAUUGAAAAUCCUUUAUCUAGUAAGUAGUUUAUCAAAUAUGAUUACUACUUUGAAAAUAAUAGCACAAAAAGUAAUAGAUAUAGCAGCACAAAUGUAUCUUCAAACUAAGCAUUAAAUACAAUGUUAUCAUAAAAUGAUAAUUCAAGUCCGAAUUUAGGAUAAAAAAGGUAGUCUUUAAAGCCACCUAUAAGUGCAUUUAAUUAAAAAUGUACUGAUACUUCUUAGACAAAUAUAAGUUUAAAUCCUGAAUAAUUUAAUCAAAUAAAUUACCUCUCAACCUCUUUCACACCAACUAAUAAUAUAGACCACAUAAAUAAAUCAUUUGCCAUAAUUGAAGAGAAAAAGAGAAAAAUAGAUGAAGAAAUAGAAAAGAGGAUAAGAGAAGAAAGCUAAAAAAGAGACAAAAUAAUUGGCACUAUUGAGUAAAAAUCCAAAGUUUAUGAGCAACCAAAUAUUAAUAUAGCCUAAGAGAUGAAUAAAUUUAAGCAUACACCUAAAGGGACCUAAUCUUCAAGGACAAAAGAAAUGCUAAAUAGAUUAUCUUUAGAAAGAAAAGUAAAGGAUGAAAAAAUUUUAUAAUUUGAAAAGUAGGCUAUUGGAAAUAAAAAGUAGACUUAUGAAUUUUGA